AUGACUUCCCGUUUGAUGCUAAAACCUCUGACAUUCGGCUCGCGUUUAAACGCCGUUAACCUAAGAAGUUACAGAGUAUCUGAGAUGAACUCUUCAACUAGGGUUUCGAGUAACGGUGGCGGCGGCGAAGUUCGCUUCCCGUUAUCUGCGUCGAACGCUUUGAUCAUUCAGAAAGGUGAUAUCACGAAAUGGUCCGUCGAUGGUUCCACUGACGCAAUCGUGAAUCCUGCAAAUGAGAGAAUGCUUGGAGGUGGUGGUGCUGAUGGAGCUAUACACAGGGCUGCAGGUCCAGAUCUUCUUAGAGCAUGUCGGAAUGUUCCAGAAGUCAGGCCCGGAGUUCGCUGCCCCACGGGGGAAGCAAGGAUCACACCAGGUUUCUUGCUACCUGCCUCUCAUGUUAUUUAUACUGUUGGCCCAAUCUACGAUGUUGAUAGUAAUCCUGCUGCCUCUCUGGCAAGUGCUUACAGGAAUAGUUUGAGGGUUGCAAAAGAGAACAACAUUCAGUAUGUAGCAUUCCCAGCCAUAUCAUGUGGUAUCUAUGGAUACCCUUAUGAAGAAGCUGCUACUGUGGCAAUUUCUACCAUCAAAGAAUUCAAAAAUGACUUUAAAGAGGUUCACUUUGUUCUAUUCGAGUCUGAUAUUUAUGGCAUUUGGUUAAAUAAGUCAGAUGAAUUGCUGAAAGAUUAG